AUGCGGCUCUUCUUGCUUUUGGUUGUUGUGACUGCCGUCCAAUCAGGCCCCGAAACAAAGAAAGGACGUGGCUUCUGUCAAUUGGAGGAGCUGAUUGAGAUCCACAGGCCCUGCACCUCCUGCGCCGUUCACUCUGCCUGUCCAGUGCACUCCACACUCAGGACUCGCAACUGCACCCCUCCUCACCUCCUGUGGUCCUCCUCUCUCCUGUGGUCCUCCUCUCUUCUGUGGCCCUCCUCUCCUCUGGUUCUCCUCUCCUCCUUUGGUCCUCCUCUCUCAUGUGGUCCUCCUCUCUCCUGUGGUCCUCCUCUCUCCUGUGGUCCUCCUCUCUCAUGUGGUCCUCCUCUCUCCUGUGGUCCUCCUCUCUCCUGUGGUCCUCCUCUCUCAUGUGGUCCUCCUCUCUCAUGUGGUCCUCCUCUCUCCUAUAUUUCUCUGGGCGGUACGGUGGCUGAGUGGAUAGCACUCAUGCCUCCUCCUCUCUUCCUCUGGUCCUCCUCUCCUCCUCUGGUCCUCCUCUCUUCCUCUGGUCCUCCUCUCCUCUGGUCCUCCUCUCUCCUCCUCUGGUCCUCAUCUCCUCCUCUGGUCUUCCUCUCUCCUCCUCUGUUCCUCCUCUCUCCUCCUCUGGUCCUCAUCUCCUCCUCUGGUCCUCAUCUCCUCCUCUGCUCCUCCUCUCCUCUGGUCCUCCUCUCUCCUCCUCUGGUCCUCCUCUCUCCUCUGGUCCUCCUCUCCUCUGCUCCUCCUCUCCUCUGGUCCUCCUCUCUCCUCCUCUGGUCCUCCUCUCUCCUCUGGUCCUCCUCUCCUCUGGUCCUCCUCUCUCCUCCUCUGGUCCUCCUCUCCUCUGGUCCUCCUCUCUCCUCUGGUCCUCCUCUCCUCUGGUCCUCCUCUCUCCUCCUCUGGUUCUCAUCUCCUCCUCUGGUCCUCCUCUCCUCUGGUCCUCCUCUCUCCUCCUCUGGUCCUCCUCUCUCCUCCUCUGGUCCUCCUCUCUCCUCCUCUGGUCCUCCUCUCUCCUCCUCUGGUCCUCCUCUCUCCUCCUCUGGUCCUCCUCUCUCCUCCUCUGGUCCUCCUCUCUCCUCCUCUGGUCCUCCUCUCUCCUCUGGUCCUCCUCUCUCCUCCUCUGGUCCUCCUCUCUCCUCUGGUGUGUGCAGGUACUAUGUGUCCAUUGGGGGCCGUGAGCUGGAGCUUUCUGGCUGCAGUACAAUCUGUGGGCGCCGCAACUUCAGGUCCAAGUGCUGUCCUCAGUUCUGGGGCCCUCUCUGUCUCGCUUGUCCAAGUUGGUCUGGAAAAACAUGUAACUACAGAGGCUCAUGUUCUGAUGGAGAGACUGGAAAUGGGACGUGCAUCUGUGACGAUAAAUUCUCUGGUUUCGCUUGUAAUGAGUGCAAAAACCCAAACGCAUACGGAGUGAACUGUGACAAAGAAUGUGACUGUAACCGUGGCGUCUGUAACAAGGGCCCAGAGGGAGAUGGACAGUGCUUCUGCCAGCCUCCGUUCACGGGCAAACGCUGCGACCAACUGAGCUCGGGUUGCCGCUCCUGCCCCCCGUACUCCUUCUGCAGAGGGGAUGGAGACGCAGCUGUGUGUGACUGUCUGCCCGGACACAGAAAAACCUCUCAGGGAAAAUGUGCAACUGUGUGCUCCUCCCGGGACUGUGACGAGAAUGCGCAGUGCUCAUCUCAGGGAUCAAAAGUCACCUGCGUCUGUAAACCAGACUACGAGGGCAAUGGCCGAGUGUGUGUCCCCAAAAACCCCUGCAACCAGAACAACGGAGACUGCCCAGUGAACUCCACCGUGUGUGCGUUCAGCGGAGCAAACAAGUCCACGUGCCAGUGCAUGGCAGGGAUGAGACCAGUAGGGGGCAGCGCUCAGUUCGGCUGUGAGCUGGUGUCAGCCUGUUUGAAAGACUCCUGCCAUCCCUCUGCUUCCUGUCGCACCGGAUUGGACGGACAUGACAGAUGUGAGUGCAGUUCAGAGCAGAUCGGUGACGGUUGGAGAUGUUACGGAAACCUGAUGGAGCAGCUUCUAGAACUCGACAGAACCGGAGACCACCGCGGCAAUCUGACCGAAACUAUUGCUCUUUUUGAGAAAGGCUGCUCGCUGCUGUUGAACCAUGACGGCCCCUUUACAGCCUUCAUUCCACUGCUCAGGACUCCGCUCACGGGUGUGAAUGAAGAGGAAGUGUGUAAGAACCACCUGAUCUUAGGGGAACAUCUUUACAAAGACCUUGAGGGGAAGGACUUCAGUCUGUACGGAGGAGGACGGCUGCGCAGCAAGGGCAACAAGGUCAACACUCAAGACACAUGGAAAUAA